GAGAGAGAGAGAGAGAGAGAGAGAGAGGGACUGAGUGUGUGUGUGUGUGUGUGUGUGAGGAGCAGGAGGCGGGCUGUGUUGUUUAUCAAAAAUGAGUCGACAUGGCUAUGGCUUUCUCUCCACACACACGGCGUUUCGAGCGACCCUGGAAAACAUAAUCAGCUGAAAGAGUGAGAAGCAAAUCAUCUUCAUGAGACUCAUCAGCGGGGUUGGGUGGCCAUGGACCCAUUCAGCCAGCUUAUCCUCACCAUCUCGGUGACCAGUUUCCUCACCUUCCAGUGGCUCUUCCACAAAGUCAGCCCCUGGAUGUCGAUACGCAUCAGCCCAGGCUUCCUCGGCCUCAGCGACAAGCAGAAGGUCGAAUGGAACUCAAGGACGGUAUCAACAUUUCAUGCACUGUUGGUGGGAAUCUUCUGUCUCUACAUUUUGUUCUUUGAUGAUGCUGUCAAUGAAGAUCCAGUCUGGGGAGAUCCUACACUGGUGAAGACUAACGUUGCCAUCACAACAGGCUACCUCAUAUCUGAUCUGCUGCUAAUAUUUUACUACUGGAAGGCGAUAGGCGACAAGUUUUUUGUAGUUCACCAUCUGGCAGCGUUGUAUGCUUACUACUAUGUACUGGGCCAAGGAAUGUUGCCUUAUUUUGCUAACUUCCGUCUACUUGCUGAGUUUUCUACCCCGUGUGUGAAUCAGCGCUGGUUCUUUGAGGUACUAGGUUAUCCCAAGUCCUCCCGGCCCAACAUGGCGAAUGGUGUUGCCAUGGCCGUAGUCUUUUUCAUGGUCCGCAUCGCUGUCAUGCCAGUCUACUACAGUCGUAUGUAUGCGGUAUACGGCACUGAGGCCUUCUACCUGGUGCCCUGGGGUGGCCGUGUAGCCUGGAUCUGCUCCAGUAUCUGCUUGGACAUCAUGAACGUUAUGUGGAUGCAUAAGAUUGCCCGCGGCUGCUACAGGGUGCUGCGCUCGGCACGCCGCAGUAAAGCCGUCACACCUCAGGAGAAUGGGAAGUCGGAUUAAAGGAACCAAGGUUUCAGUGUUGAGGGAACACUGCAACAAAGACAAAAUGACCUCACUCUCAGUGCGUUGGAGAGCAGAAACUUGGACCCUUACCUGUCAGGCUGCUUUGGUAGCAGCACACCUGGGACUUGUGACAUCACAGGACCGAUGGAAUGUAAUGAGGGAAAUGGAGAUUUAUUGGAAAGUGGGCACAGUCACUGAGAUGUGAACCGAUGGACCAUUUAACUGGCCAUCUCUAAGCCAUGAAAUGACCUCUUAGCAAUACUCUGUGUGCAUGGCCAAUUAUUUUUGUCUUGAACAAUUUACCCCUACACAAUAGAGGUUGUCCUGACACAGUGGACUUUUAGCCCAAACAUAAAUUGUCAAAAAGUUUACCGUUCUUUACAUACUAACUUACUGCUCAACAAAAUACUUUAAAAAUGUUUCUUUUUGUAUUAUUACUGCUGCCUGAGUCCCAGAAUUGAAAUAUUGACAGUGAUUAAGCAAAGAUUUGAGGUAACCUUGAAAACAUUCAGGGAUUCCUCAUCAAUGGUUAGUGCCAUAAAAUCCUUGUCUGAUGCUUGUUGAGAAAAGAAGGGUCAAAUACCUUUCUUUUUUUUUCCUCCGUAAAUUUUUUCAUCAGUAAAUAGAAAAUCUCCGGGGACACAAUUGGAUUACAUCAAGUGCAAUCACAGAGAAGAAUGAAUAAUCACUCACCCGCUAUCAUUCAAUUUCGAGGUUAAUUUACAAAACCAGCCUUUGAGAAGUUUAUUGGAAUAAUGUGAGUCAGCGUUGCAUUUGAAUAGUAAGCGUAUAUAAUAUAGGUUGACCAGGCAUCAAUACACUCUAUGUAGUCUUAUUUAUUUUGUCUCGCUGGGGUCGAAGCAAAUGGGUUUUUAAAGACACAACCAUUAAAAAAAAAAGUAAUGAAAAGGAAACUAAUGUACAGAGUACCUUUAGAAAUGGUGAAAGGGAAACUGAAUGUUUGUACACUGAUAUUAAGCAAUGCACAAAUACUAGGCAACAGUUAAUAUCAGAUUUGAAAAUCCACAUGAUUUAAAGUGUAUACAAGCUGAUGUGUCACAGAAUGACAAAAACAAAUCACACCUCAUAAACAAUAUGUUAUUGACAGUGUUGUUAGGAGUCACAUUAUAUUUAUUAAACAUUGUGCAAUGCAUGUUCAGGGGCGAAACUCAUUUAGAAUGCUGAUAUGGAAUCAGUGUCACAUACAAACUUGAAGAAAAAGUUAAUACAGAAUACUGACAAAGAGUAUCAGCUAAGAAUUGUUAAUUUAUGCCAAGAAGUUUGGUGGAUGCUAGCUUGAUUCAGACUCUAUUUCUGUAUCCAUCAUCGAGUGUUGACCUGAGGUUUAUAUAAUAUUCACAUUCACUAUUUAUGAUAUCUUUUAGGUUCACACUGUUACUUUUACCCUAUGGGCAACAUUUGCCAAUAAGCUGCAUGCUGCUGUUUGUGUUUUCCACAAAUGUAAUUCUACUCAGUACAUGCAUUUGAAAAGGGAAUGGAAGUUUAUUUUAA